AGAAGAAUGAAGACCACACCUGAUCCUAUGCCCAUUUGGGGUGGCGCUGGACGGGUCCCAUCAAUAUCGUUCGAUCUUCUAAACAGUGCGCAUUUGAGGGGUUUCUGGACUUUUUCUUUUUUUGAAAUAGUUUUGGGCGUGGACAUGGCACAUUUUAAAGAGGGCUAAUGAGAGCAGGAAUGUAGUCUUACUAGCUAGGUGUUUAGUUAGGUAACUAGUGGUUUCUAGUUUAGCCACAUGGUGUACAUGUCCAGAACUGUCAUGCGACGUGGUUGUUGGGCUAAUGCGUUGCGAUUUCUUUCGGGCAUGGAUUACAUACUUCUACAAAGGUUUUACCCGGUUUAUUUUAACUCUGGGCAACCCAGUUCAACUUUGAUUUAACGUCGCAGGCUGGGGUUUGUAUUAGUCAAGUGUUGGAAGUAAACGUUGCUCUUCACGAGGCGUUGAUGUUUUGCACGGUGGUAGUCAACCAAAGACGGGGCAGUAUGAAUCUCAACACCCACGUGACGGGAGAGCCAUGUGUGCCAGUGGAUCCUAUAGCGCCCCUUCGACACCAAAAAGAGUUUGCAGACGUUCCGUCAGGACGACGGUAACCCUGGACUUCAACGCUGUCGUCAUGGAGAUGGUGUCUCUGUUCACCUCAGGAUGAUGAUGAUGAUGUGCUGACUGGACAGGUGUGGAGCUCACUGAUAGACCGAAGACCGUUGUUGUCACACACUUUCAUAACAGACAAAUCCUCUGACUGUGCCAAGUGGAGAGAGUCAUCCUGUCCAAAUGACCUGAGAGACGUCCAUGCCUUUUUCCAGCACCUCGUCGCCACACAGGUGGUAGGGAGAGGGGCUGUGUCAGAGACCCACCUUUUGGCCCUGCUCAGCCCCAGAGAACGCCUUGGGACAGACACCUGCUUGUCUAACUCACUCCGGCUGCACCACACCCAGAAUAGACUAGCCAUGUCUGCUGCUGGUAGCUGUAUCCAGUGAGGAGGGAGGCGUAUCCAAGGGUGAAUAUGAAGUUUGCCGAACCCUUGGAAAGCCAGAGGCUGUCUUUUCUUUUGGAAAAGGCCGCCUCUAGGGAAGCCCUGAUGUGGAAGGUGUACGUGCCCAAAAAGCCAUCUCCCGGCAGUCAGGAUACAGACAUCUCCCCUGCCCAGCGUGAUGAGGCUGUGUGCUGGCUCAUUAACCUCCACAAUGACACCAAGCUCUAUCCAGAGACCCUCUCCCUAGCCAUCAGUAUUUUGGACAGGUUUUUAGGCACUAUAAAGGCCCGUCCAAAGUACCUCCGCUGUAUCGCCAUCGCCUGUUACUUCCUGGCUGCCAAAACCAGCGAGGAGGACGAGCGUGUGCCGUUGCUGCGUGACUUGGCCAGCAGCAGCAGAUGUGGCUGCUCCCCAUCAGAGAUACUGAGAAUGGAGAGGAUCAUUCUGGAUAAACUCAACUGGGACCUACACGCUGCAACACCGCUGGAAUUUCUACACAUUUUCCAUGUCAUGGUGCUGUCCUGCAAGCCACGGUUCAUGGUGGGUCUGGUGGGGUGUAACCCGGCGCAGCACCUGUCCGUGUUGACCCAGCAGCUGCACUACUGCCUGGCCGACAGCGCCCUGCUACAGCCCCUCUCCCGGGGAUCCAUGCUGGCGCUGGCCCUCAUCACCCUGGAGCUGGAGAAUAUCUGCCCUGACUGGCUGGCUCUCACGAUCAACCUGCUCAGGAAAACACAGAUUGACAGUUCUCAGCUGAUCCGAUGUCGAGAGCUGGUGUCACGUCACCUGUCCACACAGGAAGCUUCCCUGCCUCCCAACACUGUGUACAUCUACCAGUCCCUGCACCACAGUCUGGACCCGGACCCCUGCACCUGGGGAAGAGAGUCCGACACCAGGCUCCCAGACACAGACCCACCGGCCCCAUCCACGGCCCCUAGGGACAGGAGCCUCUCCUGGGUCUCCUCUACCACCCUGCUCCAGGUCCAUGGACCACCCAAACCCAGCCACCACUCCCACCAAGUCUCCCUGCGCUGCAAGCACUCAGCCAAGCGCAAGGUGGAGGAGAUGGAGGUCGACGAAUUCUACGAGGGGAUCAAACGACUCUACAACGAAGAGAACGGGGGCGCUCCGGAAGGGACGGCGGUAACGGGGGAGGAGCCUCUAGAGGAGAGUCCUGUCCUAUUGGUCAGGAGGGAGGGCCACACCUCCCCCUGCCCCCCUCUCCAACCCGUCAGUGUCUCAUAGAGAAGAAGAGGAUGAAACCAAGGCCUUCUCUUCCUCUCUACCUGAGCUGCAAGGAAAAUAAGUCUCAGUAUUCAAUCUGUCACAUGGCAUUUAUCCACCAACCCCAGGCCUCGAUUGAGCCCCCAAAAAAAGUCACCAAAAAAAUAUGCUAUUUCAUAACUAUUUGUUGAGCACAAAUAUAAAAUGAUAAAAAAAUAUAUAUAAUAUAAUGAUAUAAAUAUUAUCCUUCAAAAAAAUAGGUCAAAUUACUACUUCUCCCUGUGAGUCUCUGUGAUGAUAUUUCUCUAAAGUCAUGUCAUUUUAUUUCUGUUUUUGACUAACUAAUCUAAGUUUCAAUCAGUAUAUUUAUUUUCUUUUGCCUUCCUCUUUUCCUGAAAUAAAAAAAAUCAUUCCCAGUAUGUUGUCUUUAACCCCUCACAAAACAUGUCACGUUAGAGUUUGACUGUAAAAGCGUGUAGAACUAUGUUAACCUGAAGUACUGAAUGUUUUUUUUUCAUGUUUAAUAAUGGAAAUAUCCCCUUCCACAACUUUCCUGUCUUUGUCCCGUCACAGUGUGCUGUAGUAGUUUAACCAAAGAAUGAACGGUACAAGCUACUGUCAUUAAUGACGAUGCAUAAGUGAAUCAAUUUACCCAAUGACGCAAUAUGUUUUAAGAUAAACAACUUUGUUUAAAAGAGGGUUUAUCCCUCAUAGUGCACUACUUUUUAGUAGAGGCCUAUGGGGGGGAAAUAGGGUGACAUUUCAGAUGCUAUCAAGAAGAGGGUUUGAAGAUGUAGCUACCAUAAUUCACCUUAUCUUUGCUGUUCAGAAACAACUUGCUGUUUUUUUUUUGUUUAUUGCCAAAAGGCUCUUGCUCUGGGGUGCUGGUAACUGCCGAUGUACUGCUGACAACUUGUGGCAUCAAUAAAACAAGUGAAAUAAUC